AUGAUUCAAUUGAUGUACAUGCUUGUUCGAAGCGUUCCAUUCAUGUGUCACAUACCCCUUUGGCUGUAGAUGAUGCAACCGCCGAUAUUGCAGCCCUCUUAAUUCUAAUGACUUGCCGAAAUGCUUGGGCAGCAGCUAAAAACUUACGCGAGGGUCGUUGGCGGGAUGGUGUCCGUAUGGGUACUGACCCGCAGAAUAAAGUCUUGGGUAUCUUGGGCGCAGGAGGUAUUGGCAGAACGUUAGCAAAACGCAUGCUUGGAUUUGGUUUGGCCAAGAUACAGUAUUACAAUCGUCAUCAACUACCAGAGGCACUGGAGAAGGAGUAUCAUUUGAACUACGUGGACUUUGACACUUUUCUAGCGACAUCAGAUAUCCUAUCUAUUCAUUGUCCUUUAAACGAAGGGACCAAGCAUUUGUUAAAUUACGAAGAGUUUAGUAAGAUGAAGGAUGACGUUAUCAUUGUUAAUACGGCACGUGGUAAAGUGAUCAAUGAAAACGCGUUGGUCAAUGCUCUGGAACGGGGUAAGGUUUUAGCAGCUGGGUUGGAUGUAUUUGAAGACGAACCGGUGAUUUCGAAAGGUUUACUGACGAAUCCACGGUGCGUUUUACUGCCACAUAUCGGCACUUUUACGAACGAAUCCCAAUACAAAAUGGAAAAGUUGGUGCUAGAGAACAUGGUAGCAGCAUUAGAGAAGGAUACCUUGAUCACACCUGUUCCUGAACAUAAACAAUUCUUCAAGAAAACAGACUAAUAAAAAUCCCUGGUCUCAUCUCAAUGAACUACUUGGCAGUUGAGAAAGUCGUCUUUUUUUUUGAAACUUUUUAUUCAAACUUUGAUGAGAUAAGUUGUAUGAUAAGUGAACUUUUAACAAAGGAAAGCUCCAGUAAGGGCAGCCACAGGUGAG